UUGCGCAGUGUUUGAAGGAAUUAAUUUCGCCAAAUCUGAACACCACCCUCCUUUGCUUGAAUGCAUAAAUUUUACAAUUUAUAGUAAUGUCCGAUCUUCGCGGCUCUUGGGACACACAGAACAACGCGAUGUGGUGGCCAGGCACUUUAACGGAUCAGCAAUCGUUGCAGCAACAUCAGCAACAAUUGUUACAUCAACAUCAGCUUCAACAGCAAGCUGUAGCACAGCAAGUGGCUGUUACUCAACAGCAAGAUGCUUCAAUCAAUUCGGCCGAAGUUGCCGCUCAACAAUUAUUUCCGUAUAAAAUGACAAGCAGUUUUCAUCAUCCAGCCACUUCCUUAGCCAAUGUUUCGGCCACGAAUUUAUCCAUUCCCAGUGUGUCUUCUCCUACAAACUCUGAUCGCUCGUACGAUUAUAGACUUAGUGGUGGCGCGUCUUCUUUGGGUAUUUCUGCCCCUACGCAUCAGUGGUGGGGUUACGCGAACACUAUGGACAAUUCUGUACAAAGUUCAGGAACAUCCGGUUCCGCUGCAAAUAAUCAAGGUGCUAAUAGUCCAUCUGAAGUAAGUACUAUCGAAAAAAAGUCCUUAGGUUCGGUAAUAUACUAUACUUAUAUAUUUAAUUGCCCAUUCGGUAGUCAAACAUGAAACAAACAAUUGUAGAAUAAACAAAAUUUAAGAUUUAUGGUAACUCCCACCUAGUACUUUU